ACUCACAAUAUCUCCAUUGUAAUCCCAGAAGCAUUUGUGUUGAUUGAGAAAUGGAGUCGCUGAUCAAGAACGAACAAGCUCGCCAAAUGGCAAAAGCCACAGGCUCCCAUGAAAUAAACAGCACGGGAUUGACUACGUCGGGGGAUGAGAAUGUGAUGCUGAAGCUCAUUCAGCACACUCAUUCCCCAGAUGCCCGUGAAUUCGAAGUGGGUGGCCUUCUCUCCCUCGUCGAAGACAUUCUCGACCGCGCCACUCUUGACGCUGACGAUGCUUCUAGGUUUCCGGCGAGCACAGAGGACAAGAUGCUGCAGUCUCAUAUGAUGAGCGUUCUUGACAGCGUGUCUUAUGCAGUCGAUCGUGUGGCAUGUGAGAUAGCCUACAAGUCGCUGACAGGCUCAGACGCCCACCAGAUAACAAUGUCGGUGUUUGAGCAUCUCUCCAGCUUCCACUGGGACGGGAAGCUGGUCCUGACCCUCGCUGCUUUCGCCUUGAACUACGGUGAGUUCUGGCUCCUGGUCCAGUUCUACUCCAAGAACCAGCUGGCCAAGUCCCUGGCCAUGCUCAAGCUUGUCCCUGUCCAGAACAGAGUCACCCUCCAGUCAGUCUCCACUUCCCUCAAUGACCUCAUCCGAGAGAUGAAGAACGUCACCAGAUGCGUUGUGGAACUCAGCGAGCUGCCCGGUCGCUACAUCACUCCGGAAGUGCCUGAGCUCUCAAGAACCAUUGCCAGCAUCCCCAUUGCUGUCUACUGGACCAUACGCAGUGUCGUGGCUUGCAUUGCUCAGAUCAAUAUGAUCACAGCCAUGGGCCAUGAGAUGAUGAACACUCAGAUGGAUUCAUGGGAAGUAUCUAUGUUGGCUAACAAGCUCAAGAACAUUCACGAGCAUCUCUCUGAAACACUGCGGCUCUGUCACCGCUACAUAGAGGGCCAGAGGAGCUCCGAGGCCCUAAAGAAGCUGUAUGCUCUAUUUGAGGCAACUCACAUAGACAACAUGAAAGUUCUCAAGGCAUUGAUCUAUCCCAAGGAUGACAUCUCCCCUCUUCAAGACGGCAUUACCAAGAAAAAGGUUCACUUGGAUGUGCUGAGAAGGAAGACAGUCUUACUCCUCAUCUCAGACCUGAACAUAUCACAGGAUGAGUUAAGGACUUUCGAGCAAAUCUACACUGACUCGAGGAAGAACUUAAUGGGACAUGACGGCAAGACUCACAUGCCCUACGAGGUUGUCUGGAUCCCUGUUGUUGACCCUAUCGAUGACUACGACCGCUCUCUCCCCCUCCAGAAGAAAUUCGAGGCUCUCCGCUCCACUAUGCCAUGGUUCUCGGUGGACAGCCCAAAGAUCAUACAGAGACACGUGGUGAAGUUCAUGAGAGAGAGAUGGCAUUUCAUGAACAAGCCGAUCCUGGCGGUGCUUGACCCGCAAGGAAACGAAGUCAGUCUCAACGCCCUUCACAUGAUGUGGAUUUGGGGAACUGCUGCUUUCCCUUUCACCAGAACCCGCGAGGAAGAGCUUUGGAGGGGAGAGUCUUGGAUCCUCAACCUCGUCGUCGAUGGCAUCGAUCCUAUCAUUUUCAGCUGGAUAAAGCCAGAAACGUACAUAUUCUUAUACGGAGGAGAGGACAUGGGCUGGAUAGAGAGAUUCACAAAGGCGGCGAGAGCAACGGCAACCGACGCCAACAUCAAACUGGAGAUGGCUUACGUCGGAAAACGAAACCACAGCCACAGAGAACAGAUCCGGCGGAUCAGUGAAACCGUCAAGGCACGAGAUCUGAGCUACAGCUGGACCGACCCGGCCAUGAUGUGGUUCUUCUGGACCAGGCUCGAGAGCAUGUUGUACUCCAAGAUUCAACUCGGAAAGGCCGAUGACCACGACGAUGUGAUGCAAGGAAUCAAGAAGAUACUGAGCUACGACAAGAUAGGAGGAUGGGCAUUGCUGAGCAAAGGCGAGGAGAUAGUGAUGAUCGCACACGGUGCGAUAGACAGGACAGUGAGCGAGUACGACCGUACAUGGAAGACAGACGUGGCGACAAAAGGAUACAAGCAAGCGAUAUACGAUCAUUACUUCGACGUGAUACUGAGGGACACAGGGAAGCCAUGCAGCCACUUCGACUUCCACAUCACAGCAAGGAGCGGUCGCAUUCCGGACAAGAUGAACUGCUUCGAAUGCCACCGUCCCAUGGAGAAGUACCUCAGCUUCGCCUGUUGCCACGACGAGAAGCUCCUCCGCGAUGAAGAGAACUACAACUUCUAGUCAACUCCCAGUUUGACAAUACGUGUUUCUGGGUCGUAUGAAUACGUAAAUAAUGCCGAAUCUGAAUUCGUUUUGCCAGUGCCAUGCAUGGUUUGGCUUUUGUGGAGGCGAUGUCCUUCUAUCCAUGUAUGUCUAUUGAAGUGUAUUUUGUGAUAAUUUUAUCAAUAAAAUGCUUUCAUUGAUUGGAGCGUAUA